AUGAAUAUUAUUGACACAAUGAAGGCCCUUGGAAUCUUUGAGGAUGUGGAGCUAGUUCUCAAGAACAUGCACUUGGGAAAGUUUUUCUCUCAUCUCACCUACAAAGAGCUCACUUGCGAGUUCUUGGCUUCAAUGAGGUACCAAAUUGAUGUCUUUUGGAGCAUUCUGGAGCAUAUGGGACAUAAGGAGCAUGGAGGGACUUGGCACAUGGAAGCAGCUCAACUGGAUACGCAAAGGAAGAAGGGAGAAGCCAUCUUGAAGACCAGCUCGACCGUCUACUCGACCAACCGGUCGAGUUCCUCAACUCGACCGGCCAAGCUUCAACUCGAUCGAGCUGAGAAGUCAACAGUCAAACCCGAAAAAUGUUGCUUCCCCCUUGACUUUCCUUUGACCCUAAACCUAAUCCUCUUGUAUUUAAAGGCUCUAAGCCACGAAAAAACCACCAAGCUUUAG